AUGUUUACCAUCCCCUCUACAAUCAGCUUCACUCCACUUACCUUGCAAGGGAAGGUAGUCAUUGUCACCGGUGCUUCCCGGGGAAUUGGAGCCGGUAUAGCACUAGAAUUGGCGCGUAGAGGGGCCAAUGUCGCGCUUGUCUACACAUCCCCCAAUAGUGAGGAGAAGGCCAAGAAGAUCGCAUCCGACAUAUCAGGCUUGGGAAAUGCUAUCGUUGCGUCAACCAGGGAAGCAUUUGGCGACAAGAUCGACAUCUUGAUCAACAAUGCUGGUGUACUUUGGGCGAAUCCUAUUGGGGAGACAACCCUUGAAGACUACACGGGAAUGUUCGACAUCAAUGUUCGCGCACCACUAUUUUUGACCAAGGCUGUGGUUCCUCAUCUUCGUAAACCUGGACGAAUUAUCAACAUAUCAUCCGUUGGUUCGCGCGCCGGCCCACCCAAACUAUCCAUCUAUGCAGCGUCGAAAGCAGCCGUCGGAGGCUUGACAAGAAGUCUUGCACUUGAGUUGGGAGAUGAGGGCCAUACUGUUAACUGUGUUUCUCCCGGCUCCGUGGAGUCAGACAUGCUGGAAAACCUGCCAGAAGAAUCGAGAGAUCAUGUGUUGAAAGGCACGGCAGUAGAGCAUCGUGUGGGAACUGCAGAUGAUAUCGCGCAGGUUGUAUGCUGGAUAGCAAGCGAAGACUCAAAGUGGAUAUCGGGACAAACCAUAUCGGCUUCAGGCGGCUUCAUGAUGUUGUAG